AUGGAUCCGCCGCCGCUGCCGCCUCCGCUCUGCACGCUGCCGCCGGGCCGGCCCCCGCGCCUCGUGUGCUACUGCGAGGGGGAGGGCGAGGGCGAGGGCGAGGGCGGCGGCUUCAAUCUCUACGUGACGGACGCCGAGCAGCUCUGGAGCACCUGCUUCACGCCCGACAGCCUGGCGGCCCUCAGAGCCCGCACUGGCCUGAGAGCGGCCGCGGACCUGGCCCCCAGUUCAGCCUGCGAGCGGCAAGCGGUGACCGUCACCCUGCGGGAGGACGGCGCCUCCUUGACCCUGGCCGGGGGCCUCCGGACGCUGGACUUGCCGCUCUCCAAGGUGCCGGCCCCCCAGGCGGCCUGCAGGUUGCGGGCGCUGACGCUGGGCCUGGCCGAGCGCGUGUGCAGCUUGGAGCGGAGGCUGGCAGCUGCAGAGGAGGCGGCUGCCAGCCCCCGGAAGAAGCCCCAGCCCCCGGGGCCUCAGCUCUUCCUGCCAGACCCAGACCCUCAGAGAGGCGGCCCCGGACCAGGGGUGAGGAGGCGGUGCCCUGGAGAGUCCCUCAUCAACCCCGGCUUCAAGAGCAAGAAACCAGCGGGUGGUGUCGCCUUUGAUGACCCCUGAGGCGCCACAAGUAGACCCACCGGAGUCGGCCUGGGAGGGGGUGCCUGAGACCCCACCCCACUUGCCCGUCACUGAUUGGGGGGCAGUCUGCUGCGGGGGGGGGGCCCACCCCAUCAAUAAACAGCAUCCUCAG